AUGUCGGUUAUUACGAAAGGUUUAUCUCUUGCAGCUCGCAAAGACAUCCGUGAUGAAUUUACCAACAAACUUCCUGCACUCAAGAAAACUCUCAAAGAUAUCACUGGCCAUGAUUACGAAUUCGGUGUUGACUUUGUCACUAUUCAUGCAGAUGCCGUAAAAGCUGACGAAGAACGGAACGAUUAUUACACAAAAAAUUUGGGCAGUAUUGCGUUUCGUUAUUUUGAUUCAAUUAUCAGAAAUAUCAAACGUGUUACCGAAAAGGAUGAAUUGGUCCGAGAAAGUCUUAUAAAAUUGACCGAGAAACGCGAAAUUUUGCUCGUAAGUGACGUCGAUCUUGAUGAUUAUAAUAGCAUUGAAGUUACCGAUGGUUGCAUUUAUAUCAAGACGCGUCCCGACGCAUUUGGAACUAAUUCUGAUGUCGGUUAUUACAUUGUCAAUCAAUUAAAAGACACUACUGAAGUUUUGCCUGUUCAAACAAAGAAAAAUAUCCGUGAUGAAUGGGAAGUGAAUGUUCCUUCUUUGAAGAAGACUAUCAAAGAAGCCCUCAAUCAAGACUACGAUUUCGUGAUCGAUUUUGAUGAUAUUUAUUCACAAUCGAUUAAAGCGAAUGAAGAUCAACACGAUUAUUAUACCGCGAAUCUUGGCUCAAUUGUGUACCGAUAUUAUGAAUCCCUUGCGGGGAACAUUAAACGUAUCGCCCAAAAGGAUGAGUUGGUUCGCGAGGAAAUUCUUAAAUUAACUGAGACACGCAAGAUUCAUUUUGUUAUCGAUCCCGAAUUGGAAGAUUAUAAUGCGAUUGAGGUUACUGAUGGUGCUAUAUACAUCAAAGUAAAGCCUACCGCAGUUGGAACAAAUUCAAGCAUAGGUUAUUAUAUUGUCAACGAUUUCAAAGAUCCCAAUGGUGUACUUUCUUUAAAAGCAAAAGUCAACAUUCGUGAUGAAUGGGAAUUAAAGAUUUCCGCACUCAAAAAACAACUCAAAAAAGCGCUUGGCGAAGAUUAUCAAUUUGAAAUUGAUUUUGAAGACAUAUAUACUCAAGCAAUUAAAGAAAAUGAGGAUCAAACCGACUAUUAUAAUUCAAAUCUAGGUUCCAUCACAUUCCGGUACUUUGAAUCACUUGUACAAAAUAUCGAACGGGUGACAAAAAAUGAUGAUUUAGUUCGUCAAGAAUUUUUGAAUUUGACUUCAGCUCGAAACUUCGUGUUAGAACAUGAUGCAGUGCUCUUGGAAGAGAUUAAUGAAUAUAAUGACAUUCAAUUUGAGAAUGGCAUUUUAUACAUAAAAACAAACCCGAAAUCCUAUGGAACAAAUUCCAGCAUUGGCUAUUACAUUAUCCAAAAACUUCAUCAUCCUGAUUCUGUUCUUCCCUUAGUAGCAAAAAAGAAUAUUCGUGACGAAUGGGAGAAAAAGUGUCCUGCAUUAAAGAAAAAACUAAAACAAGCAAUCGGUGAAGACUACGAAUUCAAAGUGGACUUUGAAGAUUUAUACCUCACCGCCGUAAAAAACGGUCAAGGUGAUGAACAAUGGUUGAAACAGAGCCUCGGUGAAGUGGUUUUCGGAUAUUACGAGGCGUUAGUAUCGAAUAUUGUCAGAGUGGCAAAAGAUGAUGAAUUAGUAAGGGAAGGGUUUUUGGAGGCAACAGAAAAUAAAGAAAUUCAUCUUGUACACGAUGUCGAACUUGAGAGUGAUUAUCACGAUAUUCAGGUGAACGAUGGUAACUUGAUUAUACGUAUACAGCCAGGCAAAUUUGGCACGAAUAGAAGUAGUGUUGGUUAUAAUAUUAUCGAUAAAUUGUAA